AUGACGGGAAGAGAAGAGGCAAUGGACGAAAAACCUAAAGUCAAACUUUACCCAUCUUUCGGAAUCGACAAAUCACGUCUGAAUGGAUCUGGAUUUAGGUCCAAAGGGUUUGCCAUCACAGACCUGCUCGGUCUAGACUCGGAACUUCAGCCACAUCAGUCUGGUCCGGGGGUAUGUGCUAACGGAGAAGGGCAGAGCGCGGGAGUCGGAGGAUUUUCUUUCCCGGGAGGCUCUUUGCCGCUCGGGUUAGGAUUUCUGUGCAGUUUGGCGGCGCAGCAGCCUCCCGGGGCCCCGUGUUUUCUGCCGAGCCACAUCCCGCUCUUACAGUCACGGACAGAGAGCCACUUCAUGCAGAACUUGGAACAGCAACGGGACGCCUAUUCUGAUGAUGACUGUCUUUCCGGUGAUCGCAAUGAUGGGAAAAACUCAGGGAACUCACAAAAAAGGAAGAAGCGAAGGCACAGGACAGUUUUUACCUCACAUCAGCUCGAGGAGCUGGAGAAAGCCUUCCACGAGGCGCACUAUCCAGAUGUUUACGCAAGAGAAAUGCUGGCUAUGAAGACAGAGCUACCAGAGGACAGAAUACAGGUAUGGUUCCAAAAUCGCCGUGCCAAGUGGAGGAAAAGGGAGAAGUGUUGGGGCCGCAGCAGUGUCAUGGCAGAAUACGGGCUGUAUGGUGCCAUGGUGCGUCACUCUAUUCCACUUCCAGAAUCGAUCAUCAACUCCGCCAAGAAUGGAAUGAUGGGCUCGUGCGCUCCCUGGCUUCUAGGAAUGCACAAAAAGUCUCUCGAAAUUACGAAAAAAGCCCCCGGCACACCUGAAUCGACGCAUUCCGAUUCGUAUUCUGACGAACACAGAUUGAAAGACAGCGACACCGCAUGGUCAACUAGAGCCAAUGCAGCAGACGACUCGGAGGAUAUGGCGAUAGAUUUGUCCAGCACAUCCAAACAAGAGAGCAAAAGCACUUUGAAAAGAUCAUCACCUCGCACAGAAUCCAGCAGUGAUUCUGAAAACGAAAGCUAGACAUUAAAUAUGAACAAUGUGAAUGUGGACAAUUUUGCACACAUGCACACAGAGACAAACAGUACUUUUUUAAACUUUUAAACUUUUCUUAAAAUGUCUCUCGGUCAUGUCAACCUUUUGACAAUGGUUUUGUCUUUUAGUAUUCUUGUGAUGUGUUUUUUUGUUGUGGUUUCAAAUAUUUGAAUACUAGAGAGUAUUUCUGAAUUAAUUUAUCUUUGAUGUGUAAAAAUUAUUCAUUUAAAAAGAGCUAAUUAAUAGAAAAUGUUGCUUUGAUGGCA